GGAGAGGUUCAGAUCUCGUUUUUUGUGUCCUACAGAGGCCAGGAUCACUUUUGUAUAUGCCAACCCUGAUUCUUUAACAAUUCACUUCAGGAGCAUUUCUUCAGAUCUGAGGAGAAGGAAAUCACUGCAUUAAACAUGAGAACUGCAUUCAUCUGCCUUAUUUUCCUGGCCUGUGCUUCCGUCUGCUUCUCAAUGCCUAUGGUGGACUGCCGAUGCCUUGCUAUGAACAAGAACGUGAGAUUUGCUCAAAUCCAUGAUGUUGAGGUUCUCGCUAUUCGUCCAUACUGCAACCAUGAAGAAGUCAUUGUCACGCUGAAGGAUGGCACCCGGCGGUGUCUCAACCCCAAAGAAAAAUUCACUCAGGCUCUCGUGAAGACCAAAAAAUUGCAGGUGGUUCUUUCAUUGAUGAGGAAGAGCGCCACAUCUGCAUCAACAAUGGCACCAACCACCGCCACAUUCAUGUCAACGACACCAGAAAGCAACUAACCCAUUCAAUUACAACGUGGGAUCAGCUUAUGAGAAGGAGGAUCGGCACACCUGUUAAAGAAAGACAUGCUGGUUAGGUUGUAGCGUAUGGAUGGAAAGACUGGAAGAGGUGAUUGUCCCUGUCGUGUGAUUCCAACUGGCAGCUAAAACUGAAAUCUGAACACCACAGUGCUUUAAUUCACCUUGUAGCACACUUUUCUUCAAGUAUCAUUUUUAAAACUUUGUGUAUAAUCACUGUGCAUAAAUGUGAACGUAAUCUGGUAAAUGUGAAAUUUUAUUUUUAUGACUUUUAUGUUUAAGUAGACGUUUAACGAAUACAUCUUAUUUACUUGCACAUAUUAACUUGUGCUUUAUUUAUGCCUUGUUAUUUUUUCUGCUCAUAGACUGUAGAUGUGACAUUGUCGAUUAGUAGCCAAAAAUCUGAACAAAUAUGGACAUAUUACAAAUGUUGGCAUUGUAUAAUCGCAUGAAACUGAUUGUCAGAAACUGUCAACAUGUACAUGAAGGACUCCUGCAGAGAAAAAUUAAAACUCUCUGCCAGGACAGAAAAGGGAGGAAAGCACCCACAGCAGCUACUCCCUAAAAGCAGACAGACAACAGAUCAUCUCUGCGCCUCCAACGCCGCUGAGCUUGGAGGCAUUCCAACAUUUUCAAUCCACUUCAUAAUCUUUGAGUCGACUCAGGACGACUCAUCCAUGAACUUCAGACAACUUUCACGCACAAUUAUUUAGUGUCUCUCUGUUCUUUUGUGAAGCACUUUGGGCUGCAUGCUUGUAUGCAUGAAAAAUGCUGAAAAAAAUAAAUAAAGUUGAGUUGAAAUGUGA